ACCCCCAGGUACCCCCUCCCCCCGGUACCCCCCCGGUUCCUCCCCCCCCCCCCGCGCACCCCGCUAGCGCCACCGCCCGGCCGGGGCUCCGGGGGCUGCAGCGCGGAGCGCCGGGUCGGGACAGCGGGAGCAGCGGGACCGCCAAGUCCAGGCAGCGGGAGCAGCGCCGGGGCCGAGCACCGCGACCGGGGACCGGGAGCCAUCCCGCCGUGCACGGUACACGGGGACACCGGGAGCCGUCGAGCCAGGCACCGGCCACACAAACUCCGGGCACCGGGAGCAGUCCCGGCAGGACCUGAGUCUGUUCGUGCAGCGAGAGCCAUCGGAACGGCAGAUUGGACAUUGGGAACCAGCACCGGGCACGGCAGAUCUGGACAGGAGCACCGGCCGGCUGGCCGGGCACCGGGCACGGUAAAUCGGGGCGCCAUGGCCCCCCGCGGCGUGCUGCCCGCCCUGGCCUGGCUGCUGGUGUGGCUGAGCGUGGCGCCGGGACGGAGCCAGCUGCACGGCGAGAAGGGCAUCUCCAUCCCCGACCAUGGCUUCUGCCAGCCCAUCUCCAUCCCGCUCUGCACCGACAUCGCCUACAACCAGACCAUCAUGCCCAACCUGCUGGGCCACACCAACCAGGAGGACGCGGGGCUGGAGGUGCACCAGUUCUACCCCCUGGUGAAGGUCCAGUGCUCGCUGGAGCUCAAGUUCUUCCUGUGCUCCAUGUACGCGCCGGUGUGCACGGUGCUGGAGCAGGCCAUCCCGCCCUGCCGCUCCAUCUGCGAGCGGGCGCGCCAGGGCUGCGAAGCCCUCAUGAAUAAAUUCGGUUUCCAAUGGCCCGAGCGAUUACGCUGCGAGAACUUCCCCCGGCACGGCGCCGAGCAGAUCUGCGUGGGGCAGAACCAUUCGGAGGACGGCAGCUCGCCGGCGUUGCUCACCAGUGCCACGCCGCUGGCCGGCCAGGGCACCCCGGGAGCCCCUCGGUACGCCACCCUCGACCACCCCUUCCACUGCCCGCGGGCGCUGAAGGUGCCCAGCUACCUCAACUACAAGUUCUUGGGCGAGAAGGACUGCGCGGCGCCCUGCGAGCCCGCCCGGCCCGACGGCCACAUGUUCUUCAACGAGGACGAGAUCCGUUUCGCCCGCAUCUGGAUCCUCAUCUGGUCCGUCCUAUGCUGCGCCUCCACCUUCUUCACCGUCACCACCUACCUGGUGGACAUGCAGCGGUUCCGCUACCCUGAGCGACCCAUCAUCUUCCUCUCCGGGUGCUACACCAUGGUGUCGGUGGCCUACAUCGCCGGUUUCGUGCUGGAGGAGAGGGUGGUCUGCAACGAGCGCUUCCAGGAGGACGGCUACCGCACGGUGGUCCAGGGUACCAAGAAGGAAGGUUGCACCAUCCUCUUCAUGAUGCUCUACUUCUUCAGCAUGGCCAGUUCCAUCUGGUGGGUCAUCCUGUCCCUCACCUGGUUCUUGGCCGCCGGCAUGAAGUGGGGCCAUGAGGCCAUCGAGGCCAACUCCCAGUAUUUCCAUUUGGCCGCCUGGGCCGUGCCGGCCGUCAAGACCAUCACCAUCCUGGCCAUGGGGCAGAUCGACGGGGACCUGCUGAGCGGCGUCUGCUUCGUGGGCCUCAACAACAUUGAUCCCCUGCGGGGCUUCGUGUUGGCCCCGCUCUUCGUCUACCUCUUCAUCGGCACCUCCUUCCUCCUGGCCGGCUUCGUCUCCCUCUUCCGCAUCCGCACCAUCAUGAAACACGGCGGGACCAAAACGGAGAAGCUGGAGAGGCUGAUGGUUCGUAUUGGGGUCUUCAGCGUCCUCUACACCGUCCCGGCCACCAUCGUCAUCGCCUGUUACUUCUACGAGCAGGCGUUCCGCGAGCACUGGGAGCGCAGCUGGAUCAGCCAGAACUGCAAGAGCUUGGCCAUCCCCUGCCCGCUCCACUUCACCCCCCGCAUGACCCCCGACUUCACCGUCUACAUGAUCAAGUAUCUCAUGACUCUCAUCGUGGGCAUCACCUCCGGCUUUUGGAUAUGGUCGGGGAAAACCCUGCACUCCUGGAGGAAGUUCUACACGCGGCUCACCAACAGCAAGCAGGGCGAGACCACGGUGUGACCCCCCCGCCGCCAGCCCGGCCGCCGCCUUCAUCAUUUUGAUGUCGGGGAUGGGGGGGGGGAUUUUAUUAUUAUAUAUUUUUUAUUUUUUAGAUUUAUUAACGCCUAAGGGGUGUCUCUUUUUCUCUUUGAUUUUUUUUUUUUUUUUUUGUAAUUAAACCUGUAAAUAGCA